UCUGAGGUAGUCUGGCCCUCAUCCAUCUUACCUUUUUGACAAGGCACAUCCAUUCUUCAGGAGAGUUUUUCUCUGUAGCACAUUGAACCUAGAGCAGUUAAACAGCGCACCAGAAAUAUGGAGGAGGCAGACCUAAGUGAAAGAGGAUUGCCGCAGAUUACAUCAAUCAUGAAUAGAGUUAGAAACUUGAAAAACAAAUACAGAAAUGAAGAAAAUAUCACAGAUGAAUUUAACUAUACUAAAAUCUCAGCUGAUACAACAGAUAAUUCUGGAACUGUCAAUCAAAUAAUGAUGACAACAAACAAUCCAGAAGAUUGGCUAUGUUUUUUACUUAAGCUAGAGAAAAAGGGUGUUCCUCAGAUGGAUGUUAGCCUACUCAAUAGACUCAUUGGCCGUUACAGUCAAGCAGUGACUGCAUUACCUGCAGAAAAGUACAGUCAAGAUGAGAGCUAUGCUCGCAUCCUUGUGAGAUUUGCUGAGUUGAAAGCGCUUCAAGAUCCAGAGGAGGCACGGGACCAAUUUCAUCUGGCCAGACUGAACUGCAAGAAAUUUGCUUUUGUGCAUGUGGCUUUUGCACAGUUUGAGCUAUCACAAGAAAAUGAGAAGAAGUGUAAGCAGAUCCUUCAGAAAGCUGUGGAGUGCUCUGCUGUUCCUCUGGAAUUGUUGGAAACUGCUCUACAAAACUUACAUUUGAAAAAAAAGCAGUUACUCUCAGAUGAGGAGAAGGAGAACUUUGCAGUAUCAAGUACACAGGAGUCUGGACUUCAGAAUAUAGGUGGAAAUCACAGAAGCUUAAAAAAGAAUGAUUCUAAUGAAAAUUCUUCUACUAUUAACAGAUCUUUAUUUAGGGAAGAGAAGUCACAGGAGCUGGGUGCUCUAGUUAAUUACCACAAUCCAUUGAGACCACUAAACAAAUCUAACCAGAUUUGCCCAUUUGGGAGGAUUCCUGUUACCCUAGUAUCUGAUGAUGGUGAUGACAUGGAGGAUUCAGAUGUCCCACUCACAGCUAGUAUUACAAAGAGGCAAAUGUCCCACUCCAAACAAACAGCCUUUGUUGCACCUUUUCCACCAUCAGAACCAAAACCUUGUGGGCGUGAUUCGUGCAACCCGGGAGAUUUGCAGUCCUUACAAGAAAAAACAGCUUUACAGAUGUUGGAUGAGGGCAGCUCAGAAACAGCUACCAGUUCAACUGUAACUCUCAAAACCAAAGUGGAUGCAAGUCUUGUGACAAAAAGAGCAGAAAAUAAAGUUCAGCAUCUGGAGCUGAAGACACCAGAGCCCAGGAAUCUGGAAAAUCAACAGCAACAAUCUAGUUUUGGUGAAAGCUAUAGAAAGCAGUUGGAGCAGAUUAAACUAAACUGUGUUAAUGCCAGAAAAAAAAUGCCAGCUCAAGAAGUGUCACAGAGAAGCUGCUAUGGAGAGGGAAAACAAAUGAACAUUGAACAGUCUGGUCAUCCUGUUUCAAGACGAUCAUCACCAUCAGAUGCUGUUUCUAAGAAAAGUGACCCAUCACACAUUUAUGGAACACCAAGCACCACAUCUAAUGAUUAUAUGGCCUGUUUCAGUACACCAGUUGUAAAGGACAAGUUUCUGCCAGGGUGUCAAAUUUCUACUCCAUACAGCCAGUUCCCAUAUUAUUUACCACAUACUCCAGCAACUCCAUUUCAAAAUCAAGUUGGCUUGCAGGUUCCAGCUUCUGUACCUUCGCAUGAAUGCCUUGUUAUCAAUGGAAGAGUUUAUACAGUGUUAAAGCAAAUAGGUAGUGGAGGCUCAAGUAAGGUGUUUCAAGUACUGAAUGACAAGAAGCAGCUGUAUGCUGUCAAAUAUGUGAACCUAGAGGAAGCUGAUCAACAGACUGUUGAGAGCUAUAAGAAUGAAAUUGCUCAUUUGAGUAAACUGCAGCAACAUAGUGAUAAGAUCAUCCGCCUUUAUGGCUAUGAAAUUACUGAUCAACAUAUCUACAUGGUAAUGGAGUGUGGAAAUAUUGAUCUCAAUAGCUGGCUUAAAAAGAAAAAAAAGAUGGAUCCACUGGAACGAAAGAGCUAUUGGAAAAAUAUGCUGGAAGCUGUUCACACAAUCCAUGAAUAUGGCAUUAUUCACAGUGAUCUGAAACCAGCAAACUUUCUGAUAGUUGAUGGAAUGUUAAAACUAAUUGACUUUGGCAUUGCAAACCAAAUGCAGCCAGAUGUGACAAGUAUCAUUAAAGAUUCUCAGGCUGGCACAAUGAAUUAUAUGCCACCUGAAGCAAUAGAAGAUAAGUCUUCCUAUGGAGAAAAUGGCAAGCCUCGUUCUAAGAUAAGUCCCAAAAGUGAUGUGUGGUCACUGGGCUGCAUUUUGUACUGUAUGACAUAUGGAAGGACUCCGUUUCAGCAUAUAACAAGUCACAUCAAUAAAAUGCAUGCUAUUGUUGAUCCAAGCUAUGAAAUAGGGUUCCCAGAUAUUGCUGAGAAGGAUCUUCAAGAUGUGCUGAAGCGCUGUUUAAUAAGAAAUCCUAAAGAGAGAAUUUCUGUUUCGGAGUUGCUGGUACAUCCCUAUGUUCAAAUUCAAAGUCAUUGUCCAACAGAUGUUCCAAAUGCAAAAGGAACAACAGAGGAAAUGAAACGUAUCCUUGGCCAGCUUGUUGGCUUGAAUUCUCCCAAUUCUAUUUCUAGAGCUGCGAGGACUUUAUAUGAACAGUGCAACAGUGGUAAAACUCUUGAUGUAUCAGCAUUUGCAAAACCUGGGAGUCAAAAAACAUGGACAACAAAAUGAUGUACUACUGUUCAGGAUGCAACAGAUGUCUGGUCUGUUCAAAAAGUAUUUUGUGCUGCUAGCUUUUAAAAGGACA